AUGGAGCAAGUCCUGAAAAUACUGAAAGGCAAAGCCAUGGAGGGGGAGAAAUCUGGGCCCCUAGAUGCAAACAGUCAUCAACCUCAAACGAAUGCCUCAAUCCAGACAGAACGUGCCGGUGCACCUGCAGGUAAAAACCUCCAAAAUCGGCCUUCAAGCAACAGGGUCGUCCCAACCAAACGUGUCCGCGAACCAAAGGCAGUCGAUGGCUCGAAAUGCGGCGAGUGUCAACAUAUGAAUCAUGCAUCCGAGCAACAUGCCAGCCCACUCAAAGGACCAGACGGAAAUGCUGCUAAGCGUCUCCUGCGGAGAAAUCUCGCAGUUGAUAUUGAAAUGCUGAAAGAGGAAAUGGAGCACAUGAAGGCGAUGCUUGCCUCCCACGAAUCACUUUUGACUCAGCGAUUUAAAAAAAAGCGGGUUUCCUUCACAGACGAACGCUAG